AUGUACACGCAUAGACAUGCCAAUCCCAGCCUUGACAUCCCUUGUUGUUUCCAAACUUGAAGAAACAGAGGCAUCAAAAACUGUCUCUGUGCCAAGGAAGAAACGGGCAUGGAGGACGAGCAGAGCGCCAGAGCUACGGCUACGACGUCUGGUCUAGGCAAACACGAUAAUGGUGUCCACGACAACCGGGAGGAUCUAGGGAGCACCAGCAAUGGCAUCAGCUCCCUAGAGCAACCCCUGCUGAGGAGAAACACUACCCUGACAGCGAACCACCUCGCCAUCGUCGGCGCCAAGGUCUCGCACAUCGAGAGCCUCGACUACGAGAUCAUCGAGAACGAUCUGUUCAAACACGACUGGAGGAGCCGGUCCAACGUGGAGGUGCUGCAGUACAUCUUCCUCAAGUGGGCCUUGGCGUUCCUCGUCGGCCUCCUCACCGGCGCCAUCGCCUCGCUCAUCAACCUCGCCAUCGAGAACAUCUCCGGCUUCAAGAUGAUCCACAUGGUGCAGCUCGUCCGAGAUAAAAGAUACUGACUCACCUUCGUGGCCGCCGUGCUUUGUGUGGUCUUUGCGCCCACCGCCGCUGGCCCGGGCAUCCCCGAGAUCAAGGCCUACCUCAACGGCGUCGACACGCCCAACAUGUUUGGUGCGCCACAGCUUAUUGUCAAGAUCAUCGGCAGCAUUUGUGCGGUCUCGUCGGGGCUCGAUCUCGGCAAGGAAGGCCCGCUUGUGCACAUCGGCGCGUGCCUCGCCAACCUGCUCAGCCAGGGCGGCGCCGGCCGGUUCCGCCUCCGCUGGAAGUGGCUGCAUUACUUCAACAACGACCGUGACAGGCGUGACCUCAUCACCUGCGGCGCCUCGUCUGGGGUGUGCGCGGCGUUCCGCUCCCCCGUCGGCGGCGUCCUGUUCGCGCUGGAAGAGGUGGCCACCUGGUGGCGGAGCACGCUGCUGUGGCGCACUUUCUUCAGCACGGCCACCGUGGUGGUGGUUUUGCGGGGCUUCAUCGAGGUAUGCCGCAACGGAUGAUGCGCGCUGUUUGGCGAGGGCGGGCUCAUCAUCUUCGACGUCGGAGACGUCACCGUCAACUACCACCUCAACGACCUCAUUAUCGUCACUCUCGUUGGCGUCAUCGGCGGACUCCUCGGCGCCCUCUACAACUACCUUCUCCACAAGGUGCUCCGCCUCUACAGCCUCAUCAACGGGAAGGGCCGGAUGGCGAAGCUGGCACUGGCUCUGACCGUGUGCGUGUUCACGUCGGCGGGGCUGUACGUGCUCCCCUUCGCUGUGCCGUGCACCCCGUGCGACCCGGCGUUGGGCGCCGCGUGCCCGACCAACGGGAUGAGCGGCAACUUCAAGCAGUUCAACUGCCCUGCCGGCCACUACAACGACCUGGCCAGCCUCCUGCAAGCCACCAACAUGGACGCGACGCGCAACAUCUUCUCCACGGGCACCUCCGGCGAGUUCCGCCUCGACUCGCUCCUCGUCUUCUUCGCCAUCUAUUGUGUGCUGGGGCUCUUCACCUUCGGCAUUGCUGUUCCGUCGGGGCUCUUCCUCCCCAUCAUCCUCAUGGGCUCCGCCUACGGCCGCAUCGUCGCGCUCGUGCUACAGGACGUCGCCCACAUUGACCACGGCCUCUACGCCGUUCUCGGCGCCGCGGCGCUCAUGUCGGGCUCCAUGAGGAUGACUGUCUCCCUCUGCGUCAUCUUCCUCGAGCUCACCAACAACCUCCUCCUGCUCCCGAUGACCAUGUUCGUGCUGCUCAUCGCCAAGACCGUCGGCGACGCUUUCAACCCUAGCAUCUAUGAGAUCAUUCUGGAUCUCAAGGGACUGCCCUUCCUGGAGCCCAAUCCGGAACCAUGGAUGAAGGACAUCACCGUCGGUGAGCUCGCGGCCGCCAAGCCACGCGCUAUCAGCCUCCAGGUCGUCGAGAGGGUGUCCACCAUCGUCCAUGUACUUCGGAACACCGGCCACAACGGGUUCCCGGUGGUCGAUCGGCCGAGACCCGGCUUGUCGGAGUUGCACGGGCUCAUGCUCCGAUCGCAUCUCGUCGCCGUUCUCAACAAGCGGUGGUUUCUCACGGAGAAGAGGAAGACGGAGGAGUGGGAGGCCAGGGAGCGGUUCUCGGCGGUGGAGCUCGCUGACAAGAGCUGUAAGCUCGACGACGCCAAGCUCACGCAAGAGGAGAUGGACAUGUACGUUGACCUCCAUCCAUUCACCAACACCACGCCCUACACUGUCGUGGAGACCAUGUCGGUGGCCAAGGCCGUCGUGCUCUUCCGAAGCGUCGCGCUCCGCCACAUGCUCAUCGUGCCCAAGUACCAAGGCCCUGAGAUAACUCCAAUUGUGGGGAUCUUGACAAGGCAGGACCUGAGGGCGCACAACAUCCUGGAUGCAUUUCCGAACCUGGCAAACAAAAAGAUGGCACAAUAA